GUGUCUGACUUGACAGCGGUGAAUCCUGGCGCUGUGCUCGUCCAGCGGCAGCUGUUUUAUUUUUGCUCUGAGACAAAAAAAAACAAACAUAUUUUUAUACAACUUGCUGAUCUCUGCAAUGUCGGAUUUCGAGGAAUUUGAGAAACAGUUGAACGAGAAUCGACAAGAGCGUGAGCGAGAAAGACACAGGAAGCGGAGUCACAGCGGAUCCCAGAGCCGAGGCGAAAAACAUCGCAGCUGGAGCAAAGACAGGGGGAGCCACAGCCGAGAGAAACGAAGUCACAGCAGGGAGAGGAAGAGCCGGGACCGCAGGAGCUCCUCCCGGGACCACAAGAAGCACAGUCAUUCUCCGAGACGAACAAGGAAGAAAAAGGUCUGCAAAUAUUGGGAUGUCCCUCCUCCGGGCUUUGAACACAUUACACCACUGCAGUACAAAGCGAUGCAAGCGGCUGGGCAGAUACCAACCAUAGCACUGCUGGCAACUGCCACAACUGCCGGAGUGGCUGCAGCGCCGACACAAGUGCCCGUGGUCGGCAAUCAGAUGACGAGACAGGCCAGACGACUCUACGUUGGAAAUAUUCCCUUUGGAGUAACUGAAGAGUCCAUGGCAGAAUUCUUCAAUGCUCAGAUGAGACUUGCAGGACUUUCACAAGCUCCGAGCAACCCCGUCCUGGCUGUGCAGAUUAAUCAGGAUAAGAACUUUGCUUUCCUAGAGUUUCGAUCUGUUGAUGAGACCACACAGGCCAUGGCCUUUGAUGGAAUCAUUUUUCAGGGACAGUCUCUGAAGAUUAGAAGACCUCACGACUAUCGACCUUUGCCUGGUAUUUCAGAGCAGCCUGCCUUUCAUGUCCCAGGCGUUGUCUCCACCGUGGUUCCUGAUUCCCCUCAUAAACUGUUUGUGGGCGGGCUGCCGAACUACCUUAAUGAUGACCAGGUCAAGGAGCUCUUGACAUCAUUUGGGCCCUUAAAAGCUUUCAAUCUUGUCAAGGACAGUGCCACGUCACUGUCAAAAGGUUACGCCUUUUGUGAGUACGUGGACGUGGGUGCCACCGAUCAGGUAGUGAGUGAUUUCUUCUGCUGCUUAAAGAUUGCUGCCUGUGUUGGUGAAGCUGUUGUUCAGCAGAAUGUUUCUGUUCCCCGUCAGGCAGUCGCUGGGCUCAAUGGAAUGCAACUCGGCGACAAAAAGCUCAUUGUCCAAAGGGCUAGCGUGGGAGCUAAAAACACCAAUCCUGCUGCCAUUAUCGAGACCCCAGUGACACUGCAGGUCCCUGGCCUCCAGAGGCUGCAGAACUCCGGCAUGCCUACGGAGGUUCUCUGCCUUCUCAACAUGGUGAUGCCUGAGGAGCUGGUGGACGAUGAGGACUAUGAGGAGAUCCUGGAAGACAUCCGGGAGGAGUGCUGCAAGUACGGCACCGUCCGCUCCAUCGAGAUCCCUCGACCUGUCAGUGGGGUUGAAGUGCCUGGAUGUGGGAAGAUCUUUGUGGAGUACGUCUCUGCUGCAGACUGCCAGAAAGCCAUGCAGUCCCUCACUGGACGCAAGUUUGCCAACAGGGUGGUGGUCACCAAAUACUACGAUCCCGACCUGUAUCAAAGACAUGAGUUCUGAUGGCUCCGCGAGUGUGACGGGAGCGUCCCUUUUUGUUUGUGCAAUUGUUUGUUGAUUUCUUCUCUGGACAUUGUGAGCUGGUCCUCACAGACUGGACCUGCUAAAGACCUGCAUGGACUAUACGAUGGACCGGACUGCAGCGUGUUCAGGCCUGACUACUUAACAGUCAGACAGACAACGAAUCUUUUUCAGAAUGAUAAAAAAAAAAAAAAAAAAAAAUUGUAUAGCUGCUUAGCUUUUGCAGUAAAUGAAUGUUACAUGUACUUUGAUUAGACCUAACAAAUACUGCCUGACGAUGUUCAAGUAGCUGCUUCUCAAGUCUGUAUGUGUGAGAAAAAAGAUCCUUUAUUUAGCCUCUUGCGCACAAGCAUUUACCAGACACCAUUUCAAGUUUAAUGCCCGCUGUCUGAACAAAUACCAUAUGUUAUUCCUGUUUGUAUAUUUAAAUGAAACUACCACAACAUUCAUGUUCUUUAACAGUAAAUUAAGACCUCGUUCUACUUAAAUUUGCCAUCAUUUGUGCAGCUGUUUUAGGGAGGAAAAAAAUAAGAUUUUUGUAGAACAGCCUAAAACGCACUUCUUCAAUAGCAUCAUGUUGUAAAUAUAAAAUAUUAUUUUUGACUUGAGCUGAAAACGCUGAGAUCAGAGUGGAGCACAGACAUUUUCCUUCACGCAUAUUUGCACAUUUACA